AUGGAUGCAGGUGGAUCAGGAUCUUACUUCGUUGCACCGGCACAGCACCAUUUAGAAGAGGAGGCCGGUGUCGCGGAAGAUUGCGUCUACGUGUUCCCGUGUCCACGGCAUACUCUUGUACACUUUUAUUGCGUAAUGAAUGAAAGGUCGGCGCUCGGGGUGGUGGGCGGCGGGCGGCCUCGCACGGGGGCGCUGCAAUGCACCCCCCGAGCCUUAUUUCGGGUCAUCGAGCCCGCCCCCGCACCGGCGAGCGGAGCAAAUGCCGUCUUGCAAAACGAACAUUUCAUC